AUGGGCUUUCUGAAAGGGUUCGGGGGAAUGCAAAAAAAGACCACCAGAGAUGGACAACCGGCUAAACGCAGAGGUCCCAAGCCUGAUAGUAAACCAGCGCAGACGCGCCGACAGGAGUUAAAUCGUCAAGCUCAGAGAACACAUCGUGAAAGAAAAGAGAAUUACAUCAAAGCGCUGGAAUUGGAGCUUGCGCGCUUGCGAGAGGCAUUCAUUCAAGAGCAGAGUGCACGAGAUGCCACCAUUCAACGACAAAAGAUCAUCCUCGAAGAUCACCAACGAGAAAACCAAGCAUUGAGAGAGAUUCUUGCCUCUCGUGGAAUUCCGUUUGAAAGCGAGCUUGAAAAUCGCAAAGCUGUCAUCGCCAUGAGACCGAAGAGGGAAGACAAUUCCCUAACUCCACCAUCCAUGAGCACCCUUAGCCCGCCUUCCAUAGGCGCCAGAUCUGUCGGGUAUCAAUCAGUCGGACAAGGACCUCCAUCCACCACCGCGGGCUAUUCGCCUCAAGCCUACAUGAAUGGUGGGUCCAUGAGCGUGUCUGGUCACUCCCCUGGUACCACACACCAUAGUCAUUCUUCUCAGGGCCCAGAUAUUCAAGAAAUCGGCAUCAAACAGGAACAAGGAGCAAUACGGGACAUGCCAGGGAUUUUUGAAAGAGAACCACAGCUAGGAAUUGAUUUCAUUUUACAGCUGGAGCAAACGUGUCGGGAUCACGAGGAGUAUCUGGUCCGAAGAUCGAUGGAUUCACCGGACAAUGACGAAGCAUUGUUUUCUGGACAUGCCUUGAUGGCGUCGUGCCCACCGCCAAGCCAUAUUGAACGAGUUCCGGCCCAAAAUGGGGGCCUGACUCCCACCUACGAUCACCAAGUCCCGGAAGCCGAAGUGCAAAUAUUGAACAAUUUGCUCAAUUUGAGCCAAACACUGAGAGGCAGUGCAAUUCCCAGGGGACAGGUCACUCCGAUCAUGGCUCUACAGUCGCUCAAGGGUCAUCGAAACUAUGCCAGCCUGACCAGAGAGGAUGUUUUGGGAAUGAUUGAGUCCAUCAAGAGCAAGGUUCGUUGCUAUGGGUUUGGGGCGGUGAUGGAAGACUUUGAACUUCGGGAUGCUCUCUCCAGCAUUUUUGCUACCAAACCAGAGACGUACGACCAACUGGGAAACGAUUAUACGACCGCGGAGAUUGAUGAGAUGACUUGUCUGUCUGCGGUCAUGCCAGGAAUAAGUCUCGCAGAUACCAUCAGUCAAUUGAGCGUGGACGAAGAAUGGGGUCCCGAAACUACGUCCGCCACCACGCUCGAUGGCGUGCCCUACGCUCCCUACUCCAAAAGUGAUAAACUCGGUCGCAUGGCCGAUUGGACACAAGAAGGCAAAGAAGGUCGAGAUCGAGGUGGAAGACAGUAUGGCAGAAAUUUCCGAGGCCAGUACCAGCAAAUUUACGGAGCGGGCACAUCCUCCCUUUUCGCUGUGCAGGUCGCGGAAGAUGAAUCAUCUUUCUCGGUGGUCGAUAACACUCGAACAACAGCAAAGAGCCGUGGCUUUGGCCGAGGCGGAGUAACUGUUUUCCGCGGUCGAGGUCAACGAGGAGCCGUCCAGCGGGGGGCGAGAGGAAUAUUCCAAAGAGUGGGACAAGGCCGGACGGCCGGACAACAGCAGGGUCAAUUUUAUGACAACAGAGGCGCCAGAGGGGGACGUGGGAGACGGUUUGGCUGGCGAGACUACGAUAAGCCACAGCGAAACCGGGAUGCCUCGGUCAACAUCCGCCCCGAUUGGGUGAUGAAGGAAGAAAUCGAUUUCAACCGUCUUACCAAGCUCAAUCUCGAGACAUCCGAUGGGGAGGAUGUCGACAGCUACGGAUUCCUCUACUAUUACGACCGAAGCUACGACAAGGCUCCGGUGAAGAACACCGAGCGAAAGCUUUUGUCUCUUGAACGCGCCGCCUACAAUGUCACCACGUCUGCGGACCCGGUGAUUCAAGAACUGGCGGAAAAGGACGAGGCCACCAUUUUCGCCACGUCGGAUAUCCUUUCCAUGCUCAUGUGCGCCACCCGUUCCGUGUACAGUUGGGACAUCGUCAUCUUGAAGCACGGGGACAAGAUUUUCCUCGACAAGCGGCCUGACAGCAGCAUCGACCUCGUGACGGUGAACGAAAAUGCAGCUGAUGCUCCUCUCGAAGCCGAUUCAACCAACACUCCCUCCCAGCAGCAAACGGGCGUGAAGCCCGACAGCAUCAACACCCCCAGCAACCUAGCCAUGGAAGCGACCAUGAUCAACCACAACUUCGCCUUCCAAACUGUGAUCGAAUCUGCCAACAGCAAAGUGGAAUUCCCGCACCCGAACCCAUUUUACAGCGCUAGCGACGAAACCGAUCCCUUGGCCUCCAAAGCCUACAAAUACCGCCGUUUCGACCUCUCCCUCGAGCGUGACGAAGAACCGCUCCACCUCAUUGUCCGUACCGAGCUCGACGCUGCCGUCAAGAACAACAUCUCUGGUGACGACCAGUACCUAGUAAUCAAAGCACUGAACGAGUUCGACCACAAAGCCCAAGGCUCCGGCGGCGCCCUCGACUGGCGAACAAAACUGACCUCGCAACGAGGCGCCGUUGUGGCCACAGAGAUGAAGAACAACUCAUGCAAGUUGGCGCGAUGGACAACCCAGGCUAUCCUCGCGCGCGCCGACCAGAUGAAGCUGGGCUUUGUAUCGCGCACCAACCCCAAAUCUGCCGCUAGCCACGUCAUCCUGGGCGUGGUCGGGUAUAAGCCCCGCGAGUUCGCGUUACAGAUGAACUUGGGCUUUAGUAAUGGAUGGGGCAUUGUAAGGACGAUCGUCGAUUUGGUGCGUGGGAUGGGCGAGGGCGAAGAGGGUGAACAAGGCGGCGACAAGAAGUACGUGCUGGUUAAGGAUCCGAACAAGCCUGUCAUCCGGCUUUACGAGGUGCCGCUGAACACGUUUGACGAUGACGAUGAUGAGAUGACGGGCACGGCGACGACGGAUGGAAACCAGGAGGGUGAUGAGGAAUGA